CCAAACCCUCAAGCCCUGUUUUUCUCUCUCUCUAUUUCGUCGUGCUUUAUCCUAUCCAGGGUUUCAUCUCCACACUCUAUUCGGUGCUUCUCUCUCCUCCUCCAUCGCACACUGAAAAUCAUGAGUGACAAGGGAGAAAAAACGUGUCCAAUUUGCGCUGAGGAGAUGGAUUUUACGGAUCAGCAGCUGAAGCCGUGCAAAUGUGGUUACGAGGUGUGUGUUUGGUGUUGGCAUCACAUUAUGGAAAUGGCAGAGAAGGAUGGAAAGGAGGGUCGUUGUCCAGUGUGCCGUACAACUUAUGACAAAGAAAAAAUUGUCGGAGUGGCAGCAAAUUGUCAAAAGUUGGUGGCUGAUAUUAAUCUGAAGCGGAAACAGAAAAAGCCCAAGGGACCUGAAGCAAAGAAGCAACUUACUGAUGUUAGAGUUCUCCAACGGACCCUAGUAUAUGUGAUUGGAUUACCUCUUAACCUUGCAAAUGAAGACCUUCUUAAGCGCAGGGAGUAUUUUGGCCAGUAUGGAAAGGUUUUGAAGGUUUCUGUUUCUCGUACAGCAAAUGGGGUUAUUCAACAGUCUCCAAACAACGGUUGUUGUGUGUAUAUAUCAUACUCAAAGGAAUAUGAAGCAGCUCGAUGUAUUCAAUCAGUACACAGUUUUAUGUUAGAUGGUAAAUCCUUGAGGGCUUGUUUUGGAACCACAAAGUACUGCCAUGCGUGGUUGAAAAAUGUACCUUGCAACAAUCCAGAUUGUUGGUAUUUGCAUGAUUUUGGCUCUCAGGAAGAUAGUUUUACCAAGGAUGGAUUAGUUUCAGCCUUUGAAAGGAGUAAAGAUCAUCAAAAUAUUGGUGUUACAAAUAAUCUGCAUCGGCGUCCGGGGAAAGGUUUACCUCCCCCGAUGGAUGAGUAUAGCAAAUGUGAAAGAUCAACAGAAGCUAAACCACUUGUUAAACAACCAUCAGAUAUUGCUGGGAAUGUGGUUAAGAGUUCUUGUGCAGAUUCUGACUUUAGAAGAUCUAUUCCUGCAAGAGCACCUUGGGUCAUGGAAGUCUCCCCUAGUGUGCCCACAGCAAGUUCUCCAGGUUCCGAAAGGCUACCCCAUCAAAAUCCUGAGACGUCUAAUGAUCUUCAUCCCCUUUCAUCCGAAGUUGUUAGGAAUGAAAGUUCUACUCACAAUGUAAGAUCUAUUAUAUCUGCAGAAGGCUGUAAAGGGCAUUUUAAUGGUUUGGAUCCACUGGUACUGAAUGAACAGAAUAUCAACAAUAAUGGUCAAGUAGCUGUAUCAAAUACUGCUUCAGAAGCUCUAGUAGAUAGAACUUCCAUAAAAGACUUAGGUUGUCUAUUACCAAACAAUGGUAUUGGUCGAGGGAUUAGAGCAACAUCCACUGACUUAACAAGUAACAAAAACAUAUGUCAUCCAUCAUCAAACUUGUCAAAUAAAUCCGUUGAUAACAAAGGCAAUAGCAUCGGUGAAUUUGAUAGGACAGUUGAACCUACCAGUGUGUUACCCGAGAUGGGAUCAGGCAAGUACUUGGGAGGGUCUGACACCAAUAAGCCCAGUAUUGACUGCAGUCUUGCUUACGAUAUAGGAGAGAGUGGCAUAAUCUCAAAUAUUUUGGCAAUGGACUUGGAUGCACCUGAAGGCUCUCUAUCUCCUUUUCACAAUCUCAUUAAGUUGUUGAGUGAAACUGAUAAAGAUUGCAGUCUCCUGAAAGUACAGAGUUCAAGAAAACUUCUUGAUAAAAAGCAGUCCAGGUUCUCAUUUGCUCAACAAGAGGACUCUUGUGAUAAUGUAUGGCAUGCAUCAAAUGACUACUCUGCAUUAUCUGAUUUGAUGGACAAGAAGGAUUCCUUCGUAGAUCUUGAGUCUAAUAAAUUUCUCAGGAUUCCUUCAUAUGCGUCUUCUAAAAUUCCAGUUACAGAAGCUCCUAGUUCAGUCCCGCCAGGAUUUUCAAUGCCAAGCAGAGCACCACCUCCAGGGUUUCCAUCUCAUUUGAGCAGCAGGAGGGCGAACCAAGCUUUUGACAGUUCUGUGAAUCAUUUGUUGCAACCAUCUUGUAUAUCGACUGGUAAUUCUGGCAACACAGGGGAUGUUAAGAAUAAUGGUCAGGCAAUUCUGGAAGUUGGUGAAGGAAUAUUGGCAAGAGGGUUGAGUAGGAGAGCAACUUUAUCUCAGUUUAAUACUUCUGAGCCUGAUGCAAGUCUUCAUUUUAUGAGGCAGCAGCCAACUUCUACACAACAAAACUUAGGAUUUCAAGACCACUUCAGUACUAGGUACUCUUCCCUAAAUGAUGCACAUAGAAUUUCUCCACAGCAUCAAGAUCAAUUCCAGCCCAACAAUACAUCUUCAUUUGUACAGUCCAGCACUCAACAAUUCAGUGACGUGCAUGUAUCAAACAGUCAUUGGGCUCAAUGGAAUGAGGUCAGGAGUGUGAGCGAUCUUGGUAUAUCAGAUCUACUGAGAAAUGAUAGAUUGGGAUUUACCAACCUCAUUCCCUGUUAUGAGAAUAUGAAGUCUCCAGCAGGUUGCUUCAGCCAUCUAAACAACAGAGCAUUUGAAAUGUGAGUUUUUAUGUAGCUGGAGUUUCUCUUUCGUGCUUGACUGGGGGUCAAGUGUGACUGAGUGGAUUGCUCUUUUGAUGCUAAUUUUCCCUUUUGAAGUAGCUUCACCUUCUGAGUUAUAUCCACAGUUUAUUAGUAUCACCUAGUAAGGAUCAACCUUCGUCUUUCUCUUUGUCGGAAAUUGGUUUUUCUUGAAAAGACGAAGUGAUAGGUUCAAGGGUUACUGCAUUCUCACAGAAUGGAAAUUGAGUGAGGGAAUUCUAUGCAUUCAUUUGCUAGUGAGGGGCCUCGAGUUUCGACAUUCCCUGUCUGUGUGGUAAGUGUCAAUGCAGUGACUAUAACUCCAUAUAGUGGAGACAUAUGUUCUCGAGGGAGGCCUGUUUUCACACUUUCUUGAGUGGAAAAAUAUGAGGAUAUCGAUAUGCUAUGAUGGGGGUAUGAGGGAACACGGAUGCACCUAUACAAUACAACCAUUCUUCUAAAAGCGAGGUAGACUUGAGGAAAGUGGUUCUGUCGUGUUUGGUUGACCUAAUGGAUGCAUCUAAUGUUACCCAAUAUUGACCUCUGUUAAUGUUUUAGAACUCUCACCAGUGAUCAAGUGUAUAAUGACAAUGAAUGAAAUGCUAAAUUGAAAGUCAAGUCGGUGUUAAUGACGUUGCUGGAUGUUGUUUACGGAACUUGUUUUGGUUGUCCAUAGAGGUAUGAAUUUUUUAAGAAAUUAACUGAAAGGGGAUGGAGAUUCAAUGAGCACCCA